AUGGCCAUCCCUACGGCUUCAGGUAUUUGUCCGUAUGAGUGCCAAGGUGAGGUAUAUACACUCGGAACUAGCAAAUGGAGAAGCAUUGGACCUGUCCCGUUCGAAUGUGACUUGCGCUUUUAUAGUGUGACGUUGAAUGGAAACGUCCAUUGGCUAACUUGCGAUAGGGAGAGUCCUUAUUCAAUACGUGCUUUUGACAUUGAGAAAGAAUCAUUUCAAGGAAUCUCUACUGUCCUUGGUCUUGGCAGGGGAAGCUAUUAUUCUGAUCUUGUCAUCUGGGUUAUGAAGGAGUAUGGAGUGUCGGAGUCAUGGACGAAAGAGAUUGUGAUUAAGAAAGAAUCUGAUCUAGCAUGCUUGUUAUAUGUUGUAGUUACCCCGAUAAAAGUUUGGAGAAACGGGGAUAUAUUGAUGAUAUGGCGCGAUGACUUUUUGUACUCCUAUAGCCCACAGAUUAAUACCUUGGAAGAAGUAGUUGUUCCACAGGAUAGUGCCCAUAUUGUUGACCGUCAUAUCACUUAUGAGAUGAUGCUUCAUGUUGCGAGCUUUUGCUCGCUCAAGGAUCUCACAACAGAGGAAGUCCAUGUGUUUUAA